UUCUAGGCAAUUAUGAUGUGAUAAUCUCAACCACUUGUACCUACUCGCAUAGAGAAGCAAGCAUAAAAUAAUAUAAAGUAUAGACCAUAUGUCAUCAACUUUAAUCUGAGAAUCUUUGAACAAAAUAAUACUUUUUUAAGAAGAUAUUAUAGAUGUGAAGAAAAUUCUAUAGAAAAGAAUAUCAACUGUUGACAAUCUAUAGAAAAGAACAUCAAAUUCUAUAGAAAAUUAAUUUUGUUGGGUUUGUGAUAGUCAUCUAGCAUUUCAAUAAAGAGUCAAAAGAAUAUCACUUUAUGUCUAUUCUAAUUUUUGCAUUGGGAUCUUAACAAAAAUUGAUUGUGAUAGUCAUCUAGCACUUCAAUAGGAUGUGAUCUUCUUCUGAGCUUCCAUAUAGUAAAAGUAGAACCAAUUUUUGUAACACAAAAAAUGAAGAUAAAUUACAUGUGUAAAGAAGGGUUCUGAACGAUGAUCCACUAUGAGCUCUUUAUAUACAUACAUUUCUUUUUUUUUCAUUACACUUAUACAUACAUUUUGUAAAAGAUGAUAAUAUAUACGAAAAACUUAAAUGGAGAAUGGUAGAUAAAUAGAUACAGAACGUGUGGGAUAUGCGAAAGAAAAGAGACAAAACAAAGACAGAAAGGUGAAGACUCGACAAAUUGGGUUUGAAACUUGUGUUUGUCCCAAGACAGACAACCCCGAGAACGAGCUUCAAUGGCGUGGCCUCCUUUUCAAACCUUGACAAAUUUAUUUGUUUUUUUAACUCGUUUUGGAACUCUCACUUUUGUGUUUCGUGCACACUCUAUCUCACAUACACACACUGAUAUUAUACUAUAUAGAUAGAUAUACAUAUGUGUUUGUAAGUUCCUUUUGGUUGAUAUAAAAGAAGAGGAGAAGAAGAAAAAGAAAGCACAGCACCAAAAAACCUUCUCACAGCUAAAAUCAUUUCAAGACAAAUUUAGCGCACAAAAAAAAAUCACUUCAAGACAAUGAAGCUAAUUAGUAUCACCUUCUUGCUUUGUGCAUUGGUUUUGUUAUUGCUUCUAACUCCAACAUCUUCUCUACAACUCCACCCUCGCUACUCAUCUCCUAGCCAAGCAGGUGAAAGCGAAAAGAUUUUUAUUAAAAUGGCGCCAAGGAAACUCAUGAUCAUCUCUAGUGAACAUGUAAAUGUGAUGAAGUCAGGUGCUCCUGAAGGUUCAAGCGAACAACUUCAAGUCACUUCUUCCUCUGGAAAAUCUAAGAGUGAAGAGAAGAAAAUAGGUGAAAAGGAAGAGGAGAAUGCUCUAUCGAAAUAUCUAUCAAUGGAUUAUUCAAAAUUUAGAAGAAGACGGCCAGUUCACAACCUCUAAGUCCAAUUGCAUUUUUCAAUACAACUUUUAAUUUCAGCUAGAUUAAUCAAUUAAUUAAUUAAGAUAGUGUAGGAUAGUUUAGUAGUUGGUAUAACAUACUAGUUAGUUUCGUUGGGAAUAUUAAGGAACAAGUUUUAGGGAGAUUGUUGUAACGGAAUUGUUCGUGUUUAUUCUUUCUCUUCAUAGAUUUACUUUUAGUUAAUUAAUGAUUAAUGACCGACAAGAAAUGAGCAAACCCCUAAAAUUCUGGGUUGGGGGUUGAGCUAAUUAACUGCUCGUCGUUUCACGCACUGUAACAUGGUGGCUGAUUCAGAUGUUAAACGAAUAUGAUUGCACUGUGCAUACGGGAAAGAAAAUGAUUAAUUUAGUAUGUUAAACGAAUAUGAUUUGUAGCAAUUUUUAUUGCCUGAUUCAUGCUUAAUAACAUUCUCCUCUACUUCUUUUUGGAUGGACAAAGUGAUUAAUAA